AUGAAUAUACAUUUAAAAUCUUCAUUUGAUGAUUUACCAGAUCUUGUUUUAUUUAAUCUAUUUUUCUAUUUUAAAUCAGGUGAUCUAAUUUAUACAUUUUAUAAUUAUUCAUUGCGUUUAAAUCAAUUGUUAUAUGAAAAACAUUAUUUAACAAAUUUAAAUUUAUCAAACUUAUCGUUAAAACAAUUUUUAUCUAUUUGUAAUGAAAAUACAGAAACGAGUAUAUUUAAUGAAAAUGUUUUGAAAUUGUGUAUUAAUGAACUUUAUUCAUGUAAUAAUUUAAAAAUAUUAAAUUCAAAUAAUUUAUUUCAAAAAUUAUCAAAUUUAAAAUCAAUUCAACUUAUAGCCACCCAACGUUGUACAGAAAAUUGGAAAAUUUGCAUGAUCAUUGUUAAAAAAUUAAAAGUUCGAAGUCGUACACUAAGUAGAGGACUUUUUGAAGAUUAUUAG